CUUGAUCGUCAAACGCUGAGCCAAAGGAUGAGCUACCACAACCCAUACGCACAGACGCCCGAGCCAGCGACGCCUGCGCCUGGGACGAGCCUGUACGCACCGUCGCCGUCGCCGUAUGUGGCCGCGUCGCCAAUGCCCGGCGGCUACGCGCCAUCGCCUGCGCCGUCGUCGAGCUCCAUCUACAAUGCAGCCAUGCAGCAGAUGCAGACGCCGCUGCCGGUCGCCAUGACGCCUGCUGCGUUCGACCCCGUGCCGCACAUGAUGCAGCCGCAGACGCCGAUGGUCGAGUCGCUCGGCAGCAGCCAUCACCACCACGACAACCACGACGACGACGACGACGACCACGACGCUGCGCCCGGCGCGGCCAAGCUCAAGACCACCACGGCCACAGGCACAUCCGCAGCACCUCGAUCUACAGGCCGAAGCAAGCCUCGCUCGCGCAAGCAGAAGAGCGCCGAGGUCUCCCAAGACAUUCUGCCAGACGACCUCAAGGACCUCGUUGCGUGCAUGAUCUGCUCGCUGCUCAAGAACGCAAACCAGUUUGAAGCCAAUGGCUGUGAGAAUUGCUCCCAGGUACUGGAAGAGCUGGGCAUUGACCAGGAGAACACGGCCUUGACGACCAAGAACUUUGAAGGCAUGGUGGCUCUCAUGAAGCCAGACGUCAGCUGGACCGGGCGAUGGCAGUCAAUAAGCAAAUUCCAGCCCGGAUUGUAUGCAGUGGGCGUCUUUGAUCGUCCACCAAAAGAAGUGGUGCGUGAACUCGCAAAUCAGGGACUCUGGCGAGCACGCGAUGGUCGCGAUCGAUAAACACGACCGAUCGCGUUUGUUGGCUUGGUGUUUGAGUGUGUUGUCGUGAGCAGGUGUUGGAUGGUUCCAAUGCAAAACCAAAUCAAAAUGUUCGUUGUGUAUUCCGUUCGGAACGAGUAUCUGGCGUUUCGUGGCAGUUACCUUCCUCCUCAGUGCUGAACUUGCAUUUCGUGUGUUCUCUUGAUUUUCUAUUGAUAUUCUUGUUAUCGUCCACAAACUCGAAUCGCAGUCGUCU